GUUCUUUACGUGUUUGCUGGUCGCUCUUCCUCUUUGAUCGGUCUGUUUUGGUUUGUGUCGAGAGAGAAAGGAGUCCCUUUUUGGUGUCUUCUUUUUCUUCUUCUUUUACCGAGAACGGGAAUGGAGAAGGGAGGCCAGAGAGUGGAAGCGGAGAGCUCCUCUGCCUCCGCGGGAGUCGUCGUCGUCGUCCAGGAGAGCAGCGACGCCGUGGGCGAGGAAACCGAAGUGGAGCUCGGCGGCCGCGAUGUCGAGGAUGAGGAAGUUGAUGCUGAUGAAGACGAGGAAGCCGGAGCCGAUGGGUUCGUUCCCUCGCCGCUGAUCCCCCUAAAGGAUCAACUGGAGAAAGACAAGGAAGAUGAAAGUCUGAGGAGAUGGAAAGAAAAGCUGCUUGGCUGUGUUGAAGGAGAGUUGGAUGGCCAAACUGAACCUGAAGUUACAUUUCACUCGAUAGGAGUCGUAUCUGAAGGCCAUGUUGAUUCAGUCACAUCCUUACCAGUAGCAGAGAUGCAAAACCGAGUUCUUUUUACUCUGAAGGAGGGAUCUAAAUAUCGCCUCAAGUUGACAUUCAGUGUUAGGCAUAAUAUUGUCUCUGGCCUAACUUACUCGAACACAGUGUGGAAGAGAGGGCUUAAAGUGGAUCAAAAUAAGGGAAUGCUCGGUGCAUUUGCUCCUCAACGUGAUCCACACGAACUCUUGCUGGAAGAAGAGACCACUCCAUUCGGGGUGCUUGCCCGAGGAAUUUACUCGGCAAAACUUAAGUUUGAAGAUGAUGAUAAGAGAUGCUACUUGGAACUCGACUAUUCCUUCGAGAUCAAGAAACGCUGAGUGUGUAUGCAUCCUCUCUUCUAGGAUUAAUCAUUGUGAGGUGCAACUGCAUAAGGAUUUUAUACUGCAAAGUUAACAAGUUUUAUGAGAGCAUCCGUAAGACCUCUUAUAAUUUGUAUGUGGAUCUACACCUGUAUGUUUGUCCAUUUGCCUAUACUUGUAUUAAUUUGUUUGUAUGCUUUA